AUCCGUAACUGGCACGUUGUUGAUGUGUAGAAAUUGGAGAGAAUUUUAAUAUUUUGUUUAUUUAAAGACCUUUAAGAGUAUCCAAAGAUGCGGCCAUUAAUGCUACAUGGUCAUGAAAGAGCGAUAACGCAAAUCAAGUAUAACAGAGAAGGCGACCUUUUAUUUUCAUGCUCGAAAGAUGCCAUUCCUAAUGUGUGGUAUUCCAUCAACGGCGAAAGACUCGGGACGUUUGACGGACAUAACGGCGCUGUAUGGUGCAUCGAUGUGAACUGGGAUUCCACCAAAGUGGUGACUGGUGCUGCCGAUGCUAAAUGUGGAUUUUGGGAUCUCGAAACGGGGACGUGCCUGACCAUGGUGAAUACCGAUACCUCGGUACGUACUUGCGGGUUUUCUUACUCGGGAAAGCUUCUCAUGUAUUCCACCGAUCGAUCCAUGGGCAAACAGUGCGAGAUUCGAAUCGUGGACACUCUGGAUCCGUCUCAAAUGAGCGGGAGUGGCCAGAUUUGCAGCAUACCCGUCACGGGUCACAAAGCAACGAGCGCUGUUUGGGGACCUUAUGACGAAUAUCUGCUCACUGGUCUGGACAACGGAGCCCUAGUCAAAUGGGACAUUAAAUCGUUUCAGAAAAUCGCCUCUAAACAAGAGCACAGGGAUGUCAUCAACGACAUCCAGUAUUACAAAGACCAGACCAUGUUCAUCACGGCCUCCAAGGAUCACACGGCUAAGUUGUUCGAUACGAAGACCAUGGAUCUGAUGAAGACCUACAAGACUGAGCGCCCCGUCAAUUCGGCGGCCAUUUCGCCCAUCAGGGAUCAUGUGGUUUUGGGCGGCGGGCAAGAAGCCAUGGAUGUGACGACCACCUCGGCGAGGGUCGGAAAAUUCGACGCUCGCUUCUUCCACCUGGUCUUCGAAGAGGAAUUCGCGAGAGUAAAAGAUCAUUUCGGUCCCAUCAACAGCGUGGCAUUCCAUCCGGACGGCAAAAGUUACAGCAGCGGGGGAGAAGACGGUUAUGUGAGGGUGCACGUGCUAGAUUCUCCGUAUUUUGAAUUUGAUUUUGAGUAUUGAUUUACCACGUCAGGACUGAAAACUUUUACAACUUGUUUGCUUCAGUAAUAGAAUUAUAAGUUACAAUAUUGAAUUAAAACUAUCUGAAAUGCCUGGUGUAAAAUUACAUUUCCCAUACCACGUCAGGACUGAAAACUUUUACUACUUGUUUGCUUCAGUAAUAGAAUUAUAAGUUAAAAUAUUGAAUUAAAACUAUCUGAAAUGCCUGGUGUAAAAUUACAUUUCCCAUACCACGUCAGGACUGAAAACUUUUACAACUUGUUUGCUUCAGUAAUAGAAUUAUAAAUUACAAUAUUGAAUUUAAACUAUCUGAAAUGCCUGGUGUAAAAUUACAUUUCCCAUACCUCGUCAGGACUGAAAACUUUUACAACUUGUUUGCUUCAGUAAUAGAAUUAUAAAUUACAAUAUUGAAUUUAAACUAUCUGAAAUGCCUGGUGUAAAAUUACAUUUCCCAUACCACGUCAGGACUGAAAACUUUUACAACUUGUUUGCUUCAGUAAUAGAAUUAUAAAUUACAAUAUUGAAUUUAAACUAUCUGAAAUGCCUGGUGUAAAAUUACAUUUCCCAUACCACGUCAGGACUGAAAACUUUUACAACUUGUUUGCUUCAGUAAUAGAAUUAUAAGUUACAAUAUUAAAUUAAAACUAUCUGAAAUGCCUAUUGUAAAAUUACAUUUCUCAAUUUAUAUAUUAAAGCUACUUAACUUCAUAUCUGUAAAAUCGAAUUUUAUUGGAAUUCGUUCUAAUUGCUAUGCUGAUUUGUUGGUGUAUUUCUCAUUAAAAUGGAAGUUAUUCGAUAA